AUGGAUCCUUCGCCACAUACUCAACCCGCCUCUGACAGCGACGACGAGAUCACCGGGACGCCGGCGGAAACGCUGCAGCGAAGACCAGCGCAGCGCGAGUCGGUGGCGGGGAGUCUGCAAAAUCGAAAUGCGAGCGGGAUAUGGUGUGGGGCGGUGAUUGGACGCGGGGAGCGGACGGAGGACGUGCUGCCCAACCCGCUGCCAAUCGCCUCACCAUCGCCAUCGUCAUCGCCAACACGGACGAAUGGAUGUGGGACACGUGUCCACGCGUCUGCUUACUGGGCAGGCGGACGAUGGGUGGCGCCGCCGGAAGGAGUGAGCGCCGCUGUCAUCCCGCUGGAGAGCACGUACUUCGACCCCGAUGCGGCGCGGAUGCUGGAGCUAGGAGGAGCAGCGGGGUGUGGGUGUGCGGCACGUGGUGUGGGCUGUGCAGUCUGUGGGAAUGCAUUGGGUGCGCUGUUUACGCCAUGCAGGACGCAUACGGCGCGCGGUACCGGGGCGUUGCGCCGGCAACAGCAUUAUAUUUUCCUGCCGGGCCACGUUAGCCCCGCCAUUCAAGACGCGUUAACCCGACCAGUCCCCACAACGACACACGCUACCGCAGACGCCACGCCCCGCCCACCCGCAGUCACACUGCCGCCGUCCACGACAUUGCCCAUUCGCAACGCAGGCCCAUCGGUAGAAUCAGGCGGGCCCUUCCCCACAAUAGCGCCCGCGACGCUGGAGAGGUUCAGGGCGGCCGAUGCGGAGGUCCGCCAAAGGCUGCAGGCAGAAACGGCCCGGGGAGAUGUCGAUGCCACCCCCCCCGUACCAGACACGUUUAUGGCGAUGGAGAGUCCGUUCCGGGAGCUGUACCAGCGGCUGCGCGAACGGGCCGGUGACACAGACGCUGGAAACACCAAUUCAAGCAAUGAAGAGAACGGCGGGCAGGGCCGCGGCGCAACUGAAUCCACCACCAAUCCCAACCAAGCCGGCAGCAAUAACCGUGAACUUGAAGCUGAUUCAGACGACGCCAUCAUGCGCCUCUUGGACGCAGAACCGAUUCGGAGGGCGCUGGGGCCCGAGACGCACGCGGUGGGCCCCUUCGGCGACGCCGAGCUCCUCGCUGGUCCCGGACCGGGCGCUUGGGAAGCGGGCGCUGGCUGGCCCGAGCCGCCGCCGCCGCCGGGGAUCCUCCCUCCGCUGGAGAUGCUCGCGCCGCGGCCUCCGGUCAUGGGCGCCGGGCCGGGGAAUCCGGCGGCUGCGAUAAGAGAUUCACCCACAGCUGACCAACCGCUUCCUCAGGCGAUAGAACCGCCGCCGACAGGCGCAACCGUGGCCGCGCCGACCGACGGCGUGGAGGAGAUGAUCGAGGUGCUGCGCAUGGUGGCUGAGAUGGGGACGCCGGUCGCGCCUCCCGCGCCUGCCCCGGCGGCGGACCGUGACCGUCGCGCUGCGUUGCGCCGACUGGCGGACGAGCAGGACCGGAUGGACCGCGGGACGCCCGGGCCGGUGACAGGGGCGAUGGAUCGGGAGUGGGACGCGUUGCGUGUGCGGGCAGCCAGAGACCGCGUCGCGGCGGCCCGGCUGGAGGCUGCUGAAACGGAUGGCGAGAUUGCGCCGUGGUACAACCCAACGCCGGACUCGGAAGCCGGCCCGCGCAGUGCGAGUACGAUGCCGCCGGAACGAUCUGAAGCGCCGAUGGGGCCAGUUCCUGCAGGGAGCCCAUCGCCGCCGCCCCGGUUGCUAGUAGGGGCCCACGCGCGGAGGGCCCUGAUGGCGCGCAGGCAGGCGGAUGCAGGUGGUAGUGGCGAGGGGAGUGCGGUGCCUGCCCGAGACCCGGUCGCCCCCACGGUAACUACAACUACAACGGUCCCCGUCCGGCCAAUCGCGUCCGGCCCGCCCACGCCGGCCGCGGGCGAUGCUGUGGACAGACCCAACGAAAUGCCGGGGCCCCGGCUACUGACAGCGGCGCACGCGCGGAGGUCCAGGAUGGCGGCGGUACCGGUACGGGCGGGCCAAACGGCCGCAGCGGUCCCUGCAACGGUCCCCGUCCAGCCAGUCGCGCCCGGCCCGCCCACACCGGGCGAUGCUGUGGACAGGCCCUCCCACGGCGCAGGCGGGGACGGCUGCGGGUAG